GGUUCCAAAUGGUCAAAUUUCUCCAUGUGGGCUUUCCCCUAGAUACAGGUGAGGCCUCAUUAAAGUGCAAGUUGCUUUUUAUUAUGCUGCGUUAAGAGAUCCUUCACUGUGUGUUUUCUGCAUCCAUGGCAACAGGACUCGUCCUCUUUCCCCAGUGGAUGGGCCACAAUGGCCAUAUCAUUUUUCAACUCUUAUCCCGCUGUGGGAGCUUUAACAACCAGUUGAAUGUAGGACCACGGACGUCCUGUACGAGCGACAGCAGCGAGCAGCAUGCAGAAGAAGGACGUGGGUUUUAACAAAUGGACCCAGCCGGGCUGGAGGAUAGAGCCCAGGUAUUCCAACAGAGUUCUGAUUGGCAACUGGGUGGAGGAGAAGCUGCAGUUCACACGGGAGUGUAAUACAGCGACCAGCACCUAUCGUCUGGACUUCAGGCCUCAGCUGGGACACAGGCCAGAUGUGAUCAUGAGGCGGCAUGCACUGCGCAGAUCUGAGGGUUUACCCCCUCACCAGCUUAUGUACCAUCACAGCACGCCCACCGCUCACUACCUGGUCUCUCUUUAUGACGAGUCAUAUGGCCGCCAGCACACCUCCGACCUCCCCACCCUCCGCACCUGGCACUCCGACAAACUGGGCUGGAUCCCAGAGAGAUCUGAUCAUCCAGUACAGGGCCCUCCGACAAACUACGGUCUGCUGGAGUCAUUGCAGGCACAAGGGCAGCAGCAGCAGGGUGUGCUGCCCAUGCUGAGUGUGUAUAAAGCUGCAUAUCCUCUGCACCCCACAAGCGCUUUCUGUCAGCCUCGCCAUGCCAGAGCACCACGCCUCAUCUCCAGCAACAAGAAAAACUUGGAGCUGAAGGACAAGCCUGCAAACACAGCCAGUCUGCUGCCACCACUGCAGUGUGUGUGACCCUGCUGCACAAUACACAGGCCCUGUGAGGCUUUACAGAACCUCCACAUCCAGCAAAUGUUCUGUAUAAUGAGAUAGAAAGUGAAAGAACUUGAAAUGGUAAAGUUCUUUACCAAUUAAAGGCUGAAUAUAAAAAUUCCACAUCAUUUAAAGAUUAUUAAGAGCAAUUUGACACCACUAAGUAAGACUUUUGCAAAAUGUUGCUUUUUUGUGUUGCCAGAACAUACAUUUAGCUUUUUAGUAUUCAAUGCAAUAUAUUGAGUUCGGGUUAGUCAGAAAAGUGUGUUCAGACAGCGCUUGUAUUUUUUAUGUCAUCAAAACUUGAUAAAACAACAAAUAAAAAGUAAAAGAAGAAAUACACAAUCAUAUAAAAGAUCUUACAACAGGGAAUAUAUUUAAGUGUCAGCUACAGACCAGCAGAUUUAUUUUUAGAUUUAAUACCAAUUCAAAGUUUGAGUUAAAAAAGCUACACAUUAUAAAAAUAUUUUAUACCAGUUAAACAUUAAUGUUUGAAGAAGCGUCACAGAAGGACAAUCUGGGAGUUGGUUUAGGUUGGUCUAAGCUGGUAUAUUUUGGUCAAGGUGGUUUAAAAGCUGGUCAUCUAUGCAAAUACAGUACCAGUCAGAAGUUUGUAAUUAAAUGUUUCCCAUUAUUUCUUUCCUAACUUAAAUGAUUUUCUACAUCAUAGAUUAGUAUUAAAGACAUGAAUUAUGUAGUUAACCAAAGAUGUUUGUCCUCCACAAUCCCCUGACCAAAACCCAACUGAGAUGGUGAUUUGAGGUGAUUUGGGAUGAGCUGGAGCUUCACGGCAGGAAGGAAAAGCAGCAACUAUUGUUCAGCACCUCUUGAAACUCCUACAAGAUGCUGAGAAAACUAUUCCAGGUGACUCUCCCUCAUGAAGAAACUGAGAUUAAAAUACCAAGAGUGUGCAGAUCUGUCCUCAAAGAGAAAUGAGAUACUUAGGAGAAUAAAAUUUGUAAAACAUAUUCUGGUUUAUUAAACACUUGUUUACAGAAUAAUUCUGUAUAGCUUUAAUGUUUUCAAUAUGAAAUUUACAAUUGAACAAGAACAGAUGUUUUCUUUUUAUUUUACUGGUACUGUACAUAUAGCCUAUGCUAAUAAAUUAACUUGCGACCAAGAUGA